CCCUCAUCUAUGGUGUGGAUUGCUAACCUCAAUUCCCAAAAUUGUUUACAUUCGAUUGUUUUGAAAAAUGGAUAUCCCUGAUAAAAUGUUUGGCCCAUUAACCUUCCAAGCGAAGGACAAAUAUAAACCCUCAGACGACUUAGAGACGAAAUGUUUACUGUGUGAAGACAGUUUUAAUUUAAGCUUGCGCUUGGAUAUAUUCCUAACGCACCUGUUCGACGCGCACCGUUGUGUAAUCGAAGACAUCUUAAAUAUAAAAAAGUUGCCACAGUACCUCGCCCACUGGCGCCAAAGGCUCAAAGAUAACUGGCUCGAAUCGAUCGUACCCUCCGUCAAAAUAGACGGCGUUGGUAACACGUAUUUCCUCUUUUCGGAUUUGCUAGCGGAAGACAAGGAAAUCCGUUACAAAUUGAGGCUUGAGCAUGUGCUCGAGGUACAGGAAUUCGAACGCACUGACAAAGGUUAUGUACGGUCUUGCCUGUUUUGCAACCAUACCUUCGAGGGUACGAGGCAGGAAUUCGUGGGGCACCUCUCGCGACAACAUAACCUUCAGUUGGGCAACGCGCAGAACUUAGUGUUUGUCGAAAAGUUGGUAGAUCUGGUCGAGAAAAAAUUGCGCUCUCUCCUGUGCGUGUAUUGUGAAAAGACGUUCACUGACAGGAACGCGCUGAAAGAGCACAUGAGGAAAAAGUUGCACAAAAGGAUAAACCCGCGAAACAAGGAAUACGAUCAGUUUUAUGUGGUUAACUAUCUAGAGGCGGACAAAAACUGGCGGGCCAUUGAAAAACAAAAUGAUGAAUAUGUUUCAUCUACAGAAGGAAACGGGGACGAGGAAUACUCGGAUUGGUGCGAGAGCGGGGAUAAAAUAACGUGCUUGUUUUGCGGCCACGCGGAGAACGACGUAAACUUGUUGUGCCUGCACAUGGACUCGGAACACGAUUUCGAUUUCGUCGCGGUCACGGACCGUCUCGAUUUUUAUCAAAAGGUGAAACUCGUCAACUACGUAAGGAAACGAGUGCACGACAACAAGUGCCCCCGCUGCGGCGUGUCCCACCCGUCCUUCCCGCUUUUGGAGGCCCACAUGGUCCGGGAAGAGCAUCACAAGAUUCCGGACUUGACGGUUUUCGACCAGCCCGAGUUUUACUUUCCCACGUACGAAGACGACGCGUUCCUGUACCACAUCGACGACGUCGAGGAGUAGCGUGGCGUGUAGAUUUUUAUGAUAUAAAAUAUUUAUUUCACGUCUUGUCAUUUUGGUAAUUCGGGUAGCC